CCAACAAAGGGCCCUGCCUCCCAGCGGACCUCUGGGCCUCUCGCACCGGAUUGAACGUCUGUGUACAUGUGGGGCCGCUUAAAGAGGUGCGCCGACCAAACGGCACAGAAUUUCUCCGUUGAAGAAUCAGCGAGAUGAAGAGAAGCGCCAACCCGGCACCAUGCGCUCCAGGCUCCCACGGACCGCCUGCUUAUUGCGACUCUUUGCACUCUGCAUCCUCCUCUCGCACACUGCAGCUUAUUUUGGGCUGACAGGUCGGGAACCCUUGGUGUUUUUACCAGGUCCGUUAUCCAAUGAACCUCCGACAGGCAAGGCCCACCUGAAGCAGUGCGAGCAGAUGACUCUGACCAGGCGGCAGAAGAGGCUGUGUCGCAGGGAGCCUGGUCUGGCAGAGACCCUGAGGGAGUCGGUGCGCCUCAGCCUCCUGGAGUGUCGGUAUCAGUUCAGGAAUGAGCGCUGGAACUGCAGUCUGGACGGCCGGGGAAGCCUUCUGAAAAGAGCAUUCAAGGAGACUGCCUUCCUGCUGGCAGUGUCCUCUGCGGCGCUAACCCAUGCACUCGCCAAAGCGUGCAGCUCAGGCCGAAUGGAGAGGUGCACAUGUGACGACUCCCCCGGCAUCCAGCAUCGAGAAGCGUGGCAGUGGGGGGUCUGCGGGGACAACUUGAAAUAUAGCACCAAGUUUCUCAAGAAGUUCCUCGGCCAAAAGAAGGUCAGCAAGGACCUGAGGGCUCAAGUUGACGCCCACAACAUCAACGUUGGAAUUCGGGCAGUGAAGAGUGGGCUGAAAACAACCUGCAAGUGUCACGGUGUCUCCGGCUCUUGUGCCGUACGGACUUGCUGGAAGCAGCUGUCUCCUUUCCAUGACACUGGACGGUUGCUGAAGUACAGGUAUGACACUGCGGUGCGAGUGCUGAGUGUCACCAACGCAGCCACCGGGGAGACGGAGCUUGCUGGGCCCCGUCGCCACGGCCAGAGCCUUCGUAACACUGACCUGGUCUACCUGGAAGACUCUCCCAGCUUCUGCAGGCCCUCGCGCUACUCCCCGGGUACAGGCGGCCGGUCGUGUGCCAAAGACACAAGUUGUCAGAGUCUGUGCUGUGGACGUGGUUACAACACAGCCAUGCGCCUCACCAGCCUGUCCUGCCACUGCCAGGUCCGCUGGUGCUGCCACGUGGAGUGUCAGACAUGUGUGAGAGAGGAGGAGGUGUACACCUGCAAAAAUGCCUAACAAAUGAUAAGAUAGAAGAAAUUUAAGAGAGACAAAGAGUUCAUCAUUGACCUGACAUAUUGACAUGGAUGAACUUUAAGCUCCUAUAGACAAUUCCUUGAUUGAUCUCACACCAGAGCAUGUCUUUGCAGAUCUCCAGUCUGGCCUGCAUGUGAUUUGGGGAGCAAUACACACUUGUAACAUUAUAAUAUUGCUGGUUAUUUGCUAAUCAUCCCCAAUUUGAUACGCAGCAGCUUACUUUAGGUGAGGAUGUUUUUAAACUACUCUGCUUUUCUCUUGCUGGAUGCACUGAAUUCCCACUCUACUGGGACGUAGGGGAAACAAGCUCUUAAAACAGGUACUGGACUGGAUGUCACCAGCAGUACGACAUCUAACCCCGUCGGGAGGGGAUCUCUGACACUGACUUUGUAUUGUAAUUACAUUGGCCCCUUCCACUUGACUAUUUAUUGUAUCAGUCAUUGUAUCGUUGUACUGCUGCAUUAUAUUUUAACCUUCUUGAAAUUGCCACUAAGGCUCAAAUGGCCUUAAAAGGAAUCCACCUGUCUGUCUUUCUGUCUGCUGUGGAGAAAUGUUAAUACAUUUCUGAUUAAAAAGCACUUAAGUUGCUCUUGUUACAUAUGAUACAAAGUAUAUAAAUAAUCAUAAACGUUAGAAAAAUCUAUAGCUUGUAAUAUGCUAUGUUUAAACAAACUCACUGGAGGCUUUGAGGGGUGCCACUGAUAUACAAACAACAACAAUAAGAAGGAUUAACAGGGUUAGUGUGUAAAGAAACAAGCCGGGUUUCAGUUGCUCUUAUGGAAAUGUCUAUGGAAAUCUCUACAUGUAGCCUAAUGUCUGCUCAACCGAACAAAGAGAAAUACACGGGGUAAUAGUGAGGGAAACACCAAACACUGUCUUUGAAAAACAAAAGAAUGAAAAACGCUCCAUUUCUGAACAUA